GGCAGUCUGUAGCUACAAUCCUGAAUUUACUGUUUGUAACUGUCGCUCUACUCCCCACUCCUGCAAACGCCUGCUGAAUCAUGUUGCGCGUUCUCCAAUCCAGUGGAAUCUCGCGCAGAGCUCCUGCCAUCAUCAACAACAUUGGAGCCCGUGCAUUUUCUUCCACACCCUCUAAUAACGAAGAAGUCGAGAUUUUCGUCGAUGGCAAGUCUGUAAAGGUUGAACAAGGUGCUGCCCUCAUUCAAGCCUGUGAGAAGGCCGGAGCUGAUGUAAGUUGGAAUUCACCUUUGUGAAUUUGGCGUCGUUUAAUGUAUAUCAC